GAAGCUUCUUCUGGGAUCAAUAAGCUACUAACAACCAAACGAGCAAGAUGGGCUGAAUGGCCUCCUCUCAUUUGUGAACUUUCUUGUUCUUAUAUGUAACUACAACUUACUACACCAGUACAACAACCAGGCACGACAACUAAGCUGAUUACAGGGGUCGUACUGUACUCCUAAAUACUACUGCACUUAGUACAGCCAGAAACCAAGCCUUCAGUUAACAGCAGUGCAUUCAGUAUCAUCCAAGACCUGGCAGUACUACUAAGUACAAACACUGCCUAUUGCACUCAGCCUGCUUCUUAGUGUCUGUAGUGCUCAGGUAGUACGAAUGGACCUAAGCAGUGAAUUUCACUUUUUGGUCAGAGUAUUGCUGAUUACUACUACAAAGAGAUACAUGAUCCAGUUUCUGUUGUGCACUGUUAAAUUUGGCAGUGCCCCUGUGCUAGUGAUGCUGAGUGUCGAUUAGGUGAGGGAUGGUAACAAUGGAGUCAGUGUUAAUUUCACAGCACUUGUCUGAAUAAACUGGUUUGCCGCACAUUUGCAUGCGUUACACCGUCUAUAAGUAUAUACUAUAACACUGAGGCAUAGGGUUACUGAGCUAACUGAUAUGCAAAUCACCUGCGCCUGGCUCUACUCUGAAGGCUUGAACAGCUGUUUAUACACCAUCAGGAUUCUUACCUUAAGCACUACUCAGACAUGGAAAAGUAAGCAGUGAAAACUGAAGCUGUACCCAGUAUUAUUGGCAGACUAUCCAGCAUGCUUACUAAUUAAACCAGAGGUGGAACUUUGUGCAGUGCAACUUUUGUGCAUUUUACAAAUGUUCUGUGGGGUAUGGUAAUAAUAUUAAGUGGGGUGCUUGCACCCUCAAACCCACAUUAAAAAAAAUCCUGGUUAGAAGCACUUGGAUACUAAAUGAAGUGACCCUGGGGUACAACAGUUUGGGGAAAAGUUGUUUUGGGCUACAGUCAGGAACUAUAAAUCUACCAGUAAAACCACUGUCCGUGAAGCAGUGGCUUAUGGUAUAGAACCUCAAGAACCAAAUUUUAAAUGAUAAAAUCUGCUGACAAGAUUGUCUCCUGUUAUACAAGACCGCUUGCUCUAAAGUAGGAGAACACUUGUCCACAAUCAAGUGUGGGUGUCUAAUAUAUAUAUAUUUCUGAAACAAUGGCGCUGCAAUGUCUCAAAGGAGAAAGCAACAAGAUAUCUUCAAGGCUAUGCUUGUGUUGUUUUUCAGUUUACCACGCUUGUCCCAAGCUGUGCAUUUACCAGUAUUGUUAUUAUACUCAAACACUGCCAGGAACUCCACAUAAACAAGCCGUGCCAGGAGUUUAAUCUUUGAAUUGCCGGGGUCAAAGUACUGUGGCGCUCCCGCGGCCACUCUUCAGUUGCGAAUAAGGGUGCGGUUCAUGCAGGUAGAAUACGCCUGUUGAGAUAUUAUCUGAAAUAGCUUCAGGACAGAAAGAAUUAAGAGCAGCAACUUAACCCUUUUGGCUCUAUUCAUUACCAGCGCCUACCUACCUUCUUCUGUUUCUUUGUUCCAUGAAUAUCCAAAUAUAUUUUAUUCCUAAAAACAUUCUUUAUAUCUCCACUAAUUCGACCGGCAGGCUUGGAAGAAGGGCAUGUCUUCUGUUACAGCUUCACUGUGUGAACAAGACUGAUUGAGCCAUUCAGACAGGACACCACUAAACUUGCUAGUAACUUUCCACUUGCUAUUGUUCUAUAAAUAACUAGAUCAAUUUUGAUUUUUGAAAGACGAGCUUCGGUUUAUUAGACCAACACACAGACUUUGUAACACUAAGAAAUCAAGCCAAAACAUUGGUUCAAAAUACACUUCCGAACUGUGUGGUAAGCGUACUGUAAAUGCAGUGAAUUAUUAAAAUAUCCAGGUUAACAAAGCUAAAAUAAGAAUUAUUUUAGAAGUUUAAUGCUUAAGUGCCUGUUUUUUUUUUAAUUGCCGACCAUAUGUCUGAAGCAAAAAAUGAACAAAGAUCUCUACAAAAUCCUUCUGUUAUAAGUUUUUAGCUUGAAGGCUUUAUUUAUCCCAGUAGUUUUGAGUAUUUGUGCAGAAAGAACACUGGACCAACCAUUGUGCUGGAAAUAACUUAUUUCAACUGGCCCUGUUAUUUUCCUUUAACUCCAAUGGUAUCUUUACUUAAAGCAUAUCUCUUAGUGGGCAAAUGAGCUUUGCAUUUUAUUCUAUGAGUUCAGGGCAAAUACGAAAACACCAAAUUCGGUACAAUUUGGAAUAAUGUUUUGUGUUUGUGCACAUACAGUAACUGCUAUCAUGAACCAUCACAACUGGCAUAUUUACUCUGCAAAACUUGAAAGUAAAAAGUAGACUGUCAUUUCAUUCACAUUUAAUAAAGAUUUAAUAAUCUUGUAUUUAUUUAAAUGGAGGGAGCACACAUUCAUAAUCUCUAUAGUUCUCCAGCAGUUUCUUAUUCUGCGUGACUGGUAAGUUUUGUGAAAAUAUAACUGAAUAGCAUCUAUAAAGGCUGGAGGGAGUCAUUGGUAUUAAAACAGGUAGCUGUUAAAACCGUUUCUACUUUAUUACCAGGUGUAUUAUCUGCUAAAGUCUGCUUCAAAUGUUCAAGUGGUAAUUCUUAAGGGAUUUCAGUUUCAGAGGUAAUUAACCUGCAGUUGUGGCUUAUCUGUUCCAUAAAGUAAUUUACUAUUAAACCAUAUAAGUUUAUGUUUAACAGGAUCUUGAUUUUGAGAGUUAAGGUCAUAUUCAUAAAAUGAUGAAAUACCACAACUUUACUAAACCUGAGGGCCUUUAUCGUGACCACUUUUUUUAUAUAUAGCUUUUGGAAUUUUCUAAGAAUUAACAAACCAUUUCCAAUUGAAGGUGUGCAGUGUUGAAACUAUUAAAGUGCUGAAGACUUAAAUGUUGGAUUUAGCCUUUUUAGUCAUAGUCAUGCUACUAGUCUGCUAUCUACAGUGGAAUUUACAGUACAGUAAAAUGCAUCUAAUUACACUAAACCUAUCGCCAAGUGUGUUGACAAACAAGAGCUAGAUAUGCAUUAGUAAAUAUGAAUAAACCAGUAAAUACAUAAUUCAGCACUUUUUUAAAAAAAAAGCAGCUGUUGAAAUGUUCAAAUAGAAAAAGCAUUUAGAGGCUUGUCCAUCUAACCUGUUAUCGACACGACUCGUUGCUGCAGUGUAUUUGCAAGGUGCUGCUAAUAGGUAAAUUAAGGAGCAGAACAAAGGUAGCAGGUCAUGUGACUUCCCAGGAAGGCAGUUUAGGGUAAAGGUAGACCUAGAGCAGAGCGCCAGCACAAAGCACUGGCAAGUUAUGGAAAGUUUGUUAAACUUUAUUUAAGGCACUUCCUUUACAUGCUCAGCUGUGUGACUGCAGACUAAAGUGGCUUACUGGAACUGAACUGAAAAUAAUAAAAAAAACAAGAAGGGAAAUGUCCAUUAGUCGAAAGAACUGGUCAGCUCUGUCCAGUCUGACGAGACAGUGGACAGUGGAGGAUGAGGAGGAGGUGGAGCGGGAGAGAAGAAGAAGGAUUCGGAGCGCCAGCACCACCACAGAGCCCCCCGACAGCAGCUCCAAUGAACCUGGGGAGCAGAAACCACACAGUGCCCAGGAUCAAGAUAAGGUGGAAGAGGCUGAUCCAGAAAACCUUGCGUUCCUGGAGAUGCUGAAGACACGCGAUGAGCGCAGGAAGAAGAGGCACCUUGAGACCGUGACAAGGCAGAAGGAGGAGCCCAGCAGUCCGGAGCCAGAGAGAGAGGGGCAGGGAGGCAGGGUGGAGGCUGAGGGAGAGAGGCAGAGAGCCCGGGUGGCCGUCGAGAGCAAAGCCCAGAGAGAGGGACAGGGAGGCAGGCUGGACACAAAGGCUCAGAAAGACUCCACAGGACGAAGCAAAUCCAGGAUGGAAGGUGCUGGAACAGAAACUGUGGCAAACCAUGAACCAGUAAAACCACCGAGAAACUCUCCUUCCAGUGCCCAGGAUCAAGAUAAGGUGGAAGAGGCUGAUCCAGAAAACCUUGCGUUCCUGGAGAUGCUGAAGACACGCGAUGAGCGCAGGAAGAAGAGGCACCUAGAGACCCUGAUGAGGCAGAAGGAGGAGCCCAGCAGCCUGGAGGGGAAUGGAGGCAGGGUGGAGGCUGAGGGAGAGAGGCAGAGAGGAAGGAUGGAGGCUAAGGGAGAGGGACAGAGAGGCAGGGUGGCCGUCGAGAGCAAAGCCCAGAGAGAGGGACAGGGAGGCAGGCUGGACACAGAGGCUCAGAAAGACUCCAUGGGAGGAGUUCAGAGAGUGUUAAGGAACUCCACAGGACUAGAGAAAUCCAGGAUUGAUUGUGCUGGAACAGAAACUGUAACCAACCAUGAACCAGUAAAAACACCGAUAAAAUCUCCUUCCGGGAAGUUCGUGAGCUCCCUGUCCAUUUCCCUAGAUAAGAGUCAGGAGUUCCCAGCUGAGACUAAGAAUCUCUCCUCCCCCACCACCCCGGUGGGUACCACGUCCACACCGAGAGAGAGGAGGUUCAGGACUGAGGGGGCUGUGGUGGAGGAGGUGCAGAUCAGAAAUCUCCCUUCCAGAGCCACCUCUUUCAGGGUAACGUCAAGAUCCGAGGACCCCACCUCACGGUUUAACAGGAGCUCCAGCCUCAGGAUCCCCUCCAGAACCAAAGAAGAAAAGACGGAGAGAUUACCAAAGCAAGAGACUACACGUGAUGAGGAAUCCACCCCACCUUUCCAGAGGAACUCCAAGCUAAGAAUCUCUUCUCGGACCAUUGAAGAAAAGCUGGAGAGGUUGGCUCUGGCAGCACAGAAAUCGGACCAGGUGAAAUCUCCCCCUGCAUCUCGUAAAGACUGCUUCCUAUUUGCGGACGAGGUCGCGAGAAAACGGGGAGUGUUUGAAAGAGAGGCGACGAGUGUGGAGAGAAACAGCGCCACCGGCAGGAAGGACAACCUGGACUUCUCAACUGGGAUCUCCGAGCGAAUCAACCGCUGGAUCAGUAAAGCACAGAGGUCUGAGAAAUCUCCUGGCCCCACGGACUUGAGGAAGGUGGACAUCUCCAGCAAGCGCAAUCUGUGGGAGAACAGAGCCGAGAGCUCCUCUGCUUAUCCCUCAAAGAGCUAGAGUGACCCUAAGAGGUUCCGCAAAACAACAACUCUUUCAAAAAAUUGAAGAACACAUGUGAAGUCAUGAAAAGCAUUUAAUGCGAGGGGUAUUCGUAUUAUUUUAUGAUUGUUUUCUGGAUUACUUUAGUGUUUGGUAAAGAGCUAUUUCAUUUUUUUUUUUUUUUUUUAAUGAUAAUAUUUUUAAUGUAGGUUCCUUCUGAAGUGAGUGGACAUUUUUGCACUCUGAUUUUCAGAUUAUAAAAACUCCAGCUCUUUUGUGUAAGAUUCUGACAGACAUUCAAAAUGUUUUUUUUUUUCCUCUGUUUUAUCCAAGAUGUUUGUAUUAUUUCAAAAUAAAACUUAUU